AUGGCUGCGACCGGUGAAGCUGAGGUCUGCACAGGCUCUGACAACUGCUCCAACUCCAAUGGCUCCAAGGACUUUUGCUAUUCGGCCCGGAUCCGCAGCACCGUGCUCCAGGGCCUGCCCUUCGGAGGAGUGCCCACCGUACUCGCCCUUGACUUCAUGUGCUUCUUGGUGCUGCUAUGUGUGUUCUCUGUCUUGAGGAAGGUGGCGUUUGAUUAUGGCCGUCUUGCAUUGGUCUCGGAUGCUGACAGCCAGUCUUAUUUGAUUCGUAAUAUGACCCUGCCUUUCAAUCAGACUCACAUCCUUCGAUCUGGAAACUGGUUUGACCGGCAUGUGGAGUUUCAUUAUGCAGCAGUACUGAGGAUGCUGAUUGUCUUAGCUUUGCUCAUGAUGGCUGCGACCGGUGAAGCUGAGGUCUGCACAGGCUCUGACAACUGCUCCAACUCCAAUGGCUCCAAGGACUUUUGCUAUUCGGCCCGGAUCCGCAGCACCGUGCUCCAGGGCCUGCCCUUCGGAGGAGUGCCCACCGUACUCGCCCUUGACUUCAUGUGCUUCUUGGUGCUGCUAUGUGUGUUCUCUGUCUUGAGGAAGGUGGCGUUUGAUUAUGGCCGUCUUGCAUUGGUCUCGGAUGCUGACAGCGUGCACUUUCUGGCUAGGGUCCUAGCACCCUAUAUGUCCCACAGGGAAGAGGCUUACAGGGAGAGUGUGGCCUCCGCCAUGCAGACGCCUGCUGACUCCCGAUACGAGCGUCUCACCUCUGUGUCCAGCUCAGUCGACUUUGAGCAAAGGGACAAUGGCUUCUGUGCCUGGCUAACCGCCAUCUUCAGGAUAAAGUGAGUCCUUUCUGCAUUUACUUUAUGAACAUACUGUAACUACUGAAAUGAAGACUUCCUAAUUAUUAUCUGAUCACAAAACCCCAGUAUAUUAACUCAUAACCACAUUUACAUGUCAGCAGUUCCCAGGGUCCAUUACAAA